AUUUUUAUUUUAUUUCAUUUCUUGCCACUGCAUUUUAUUUCCUCCCCUCCUGCGCUUUAGUGCAGAGCUUUUACGCAGCCCUACAGAUAAAUAAGGAAGUCCUUGGCGGAAAAUACCAAGCAAGCGUAUUUCAAUCGGCUUGGAUUUGAAAAAAAGACAUUUGAUCCGGACUGAUAACAGUGAGACAGCAAGCAAGACAUGCAGCAGAGAGGUCAGUAAAGAGGAUGACAACAAAACGAACUGAGACAGAGGGAUGAGAAGUCGAUUCAAGUAAGAAGAGGAAGCAGGACUCCAAAGUGCCUACAGUACGGUUUUGUCCUACAGCAGGAGAGAUUGUUCGGUUCGUUUGGCCUUGAAUUGAGGCUAUAUUUUGUCCUGACAGCCACAAAGUCAUCCAUCCCACAUUGGUGAGCUAUAGUCCCCACAUACCCGAAGCUGAGCUGCAGCUUCGUCUCUUCAUUACAAGGACAUUACUGGUGUAAGGUUCUGUUUCUUUCCCUGUCAGAGAACUACAGUAGAGCUGCAGUGACUUUCUCUCCUCUAAUCAUGUCGACAUGAAUAUAAAAGAGACGUAUAGUGAAUUUCAGUCUAUAGACAUAUCUGGGAGGACUAAAGUGAUGCUUUUUGAACAGUGCUUUUUCUUUCUCUUGAGACGGAGCUGGUCUCUGCUCAUAGUUAACAUCUGUUAUCUCAGCCAGUGAAACUUCAGCUGACAGUUUUCCCAGGAAGAGCUAGUAAACAUCCCCCAAAACACAUCAGUCAAAAAGGAACUUGCCACCUAUUUGCUCUGAAGGACAAAUAUUUUUAUUUUUUUUCCAUGGGGAUUUUUUGUUUGCUUUUGAAUCACUAUUAGUCAGCCCUGCUCGCAUUAGACAUUUUUUUUCCAUCCACUUGCUCCCACCACUGCUCAGUGUCUGUGAGCGUCUCAGAUGGCUGUCAGCAUGACCAUGGGGCGAGACACCAAAUGGCUGACCUUGGAAGUGUGUCGCGAGUACCAGAGAGGCACCUGCUCACGGUCUGAUUCCGAGUGUAAGUUUGCACAUCCCUCCCGGAGCUGCCAUGUGGAGAACGGCAGAGUCAUCGCCUGCUUUGAUUCGCUCAAGGGCCGCUGCACACGAGAAAACUGCAAGUACCUGCACCCACCUCCGCACCUGAAAACCCAGCUGGAGAUCAAUGGAAGAAACAACCUGAUCCAGCAAAAGGCCGCGGCUGCCAUGUUGGCUCAACAGAUGCAGUUCAUGCUGCCCGGUGCACAGCUGCAGCCAAUUACAACCUUUCCUGUCAACCCUUCCCUUGCAACCAGUCCCAGCAUGGCAUUUAGUCCAUAUCUGAGCCACAUGGGCCCAGCCAUGGGCCUGAUGCCGGAGCUACUGCCCAGUACUCCCCUUCUCGUCCCCGGGAGUCCCACUAGCCUGACAGCAAUGGGCAACGGCACCUCGGCUCAAAAACACGCCCGCACAGACAAGCUUGAGGUUUGCAGAGAAUUCCAGCGUGGUAACUGCACACGAGGAGAAAGCGACUGCCGCUAUGCUCACCCUCUGGAGGCCGGCAUGGUGGACUGCAGCGAGAACUCUGUCAUUGUGUGCAUGGACUACAUAAAGGGACGCUGCAGCCGGGACAAGUGCAAAUACUUCCACCCACCGGCUCACCUUCAGGCCAGGAUCAAGGCUUCACAGCACCAAGCCAGUCAAAACACAGCGCCUGCUCCCUUGGCUUUGGCUCCAGCCACCGUGCAGUCGCUGCCAAAGAGGCCGAUCUUAGAAAAGAGCAAUGGAGCUGCUGCUGCAGUCUUUAACCCUAGCAUGUUCCACUAUCAGCAAGCCCUGGCUAACAUGCAGCUCCAGCAACCAGCCUUCAUCCCCACUGUUCUCAGUCAGCAGAACCUCAAUCUCCAAACGGUUCCCAUGAUGCACGGUGCCACCUCCACUGUUUCGUCGGCCUCGACCCCCGUCACCAAUGUUCCUUUCGCUGAAUCCGCCACCUCCAAUCAGGUUUGCUCUCUCAUUAGACUCCUCAGAGCUUCUGACUCCUGAACCGGUGGAACUGCAGUGCGUUCCCAUGGAAAACCAUUUCUGCCCUGUCCCAAAACUGCUGGUGGCAGCUCCAGUGGGAAUAAACUCAGUAAGCCUUUCACGAAACCCCAGUUAGAGUUCCUGAAAACCUGCAGCUCUGCAGCAAACAUGUGCCUCUCCCACAGUGCACACUGAAUGAGUGUCAGUGUGAAACUUCUUAUACAAUGUUUAUAAGAUUUAAGAAAAAAAAACUGCAAUACAAGCCUGAACAUAAUAACGCUGCUUUACUGCAGCCAUAAAGAUGCAUACUGACGCGAUGAGCAAUAGAGCUCCCUCGUUCUGACAGCCAUACAUGACCACACUUAAACGUGGGCUCUUUAACAUACAUGCAUUCAAGACUAAAUGCCCUUUAUGGGUUGCAGCCAUUUCCUGAGGCAGCCCAACCCACCUGACUGAUCCAAAGUAUGAAAAGUUCUCUCUGGAUAUUCAGAACAUUGGAGCUGCAAACGGACCUGCUGAUGGUCUACAACCAUGACUUGUUUUAAAAAAUGAAAGAAUGUUCCAUAACGUGUCACGUUUAUGUUUCAGGAUGACUAAAAUCAUAUGUGUUGCACCAUGUGUUGUAUAUUGUUCAGUUAAUUCUCAUCUGAUGCCUGAUGACAUGUCAGAAAGAAGCUGUUGAAAAAUAGUUUGUGCCUUUGAGUAUUCUUCUGAGCAGCAGAGAAGACCGGCUUUCUUAAAAAAUAUAUAUUUAAAAAAUGUUCACAGCAAAGAUGAAUUGAUGUCCAUAUUUAGAAUUAAAGGCAAUAUCAACUACAAGUGUGUUGCAUAUCAGCUAGGGGCUUCAAAUGGAGGCAGAUUUUGUUAAACUGUUAUGAUAUUAUGGUUGUGUUUCAGUAACUAGGAUUUAAGUUAAGUUUUGCCUAGUUAUAAUUAUAAUUUUUUGGACUGAAGCAGCAAAUUUACUUUAAUAUAAAGCAUUGUAAUGAUAUAUCAAAUUAGGAUGCAAUGGGUUUAAACUUUAAGAGUAUUUUAUUUUCAUUCACCGUUCACAUCAGUUUAAAACAAAUUUCCAAAACAGAAGAACAUGGGUUGAUCACAGCAAUGUUCUCCACAAAGGGUAUCACAUCUGUUCCCUCUCAUUCUGCAGAAUUUCCUUUUAUUAGCACAAAACUGAAGGACACUGUGUUUUUGGUAAAUUGUAAUUGUUUGUUUGUUUUUGUUUGUUUUUGCGGUGCAUCUUGGCUAUAAACCUUAUAUAAGUGUAUGGUUAAUUUAUCUCAAUGAAAUUGUGCCCCAUUUGUAAGGAAACUGCACCACUGGGUUAAUAGGCAAUGUUGAAUAUGUUAGUUUCUCAAAUUCUCUUUGCCAGUACGUCAGCAAACUGCAGCUAACAUCUCACUGUUCACAUUAGUUUACAAUCUAUCAUUAGAUUGGAUUUUUAGAGGUUUAAGAAACAAGACAUAUUGACAAUUUAACAGAAGUUCAGUAAGGUCUGAGAGCCGCUUGGCAUCUCCUCCCCAUGCUGGUCACCAUCUUGGUCACACACUGCUGUAGUAUAGCCUCUUAUUCUUCAACCAUAAUUUUUUCCAAGUCAGCCAAUUUGAAUGGAAAUAUAGGAUUAAACUCUGGUUGCAGAAUUUACUUUGAAUAUGCGUUUACAUCAAGAUGUUCCUCUACUGAUGACAACGCCCUUAUAUUUCCACCACAAAGAACUGGUUGGUACUUGCAGAGGAGAUGUUUCAUUUAAAGCAGGAAUGGGUAACUCCUUUCCUCAGGGGCUGGGAUGUGUCCCUGCUUUAAAACACCUGAAUCCAAUAGUUAGAUAAUUACCAGGACCCUGGAGAACCUGAACACUAAGGACAUAAUUCAGACAGUUGAUUCAGGUCUGCAAGGCUGAGGACACCUUGAGGUUGCAGGACACUGGCCCUCAAGGACUAGAGUCCUGGGUUUAAAGGAAACCCAGGCUUUCCAGCAAUAUAAGACUACAAGCAUUUGACCAAACAAAAGUUUAUACAAUACAGUAUGAAGCAAUAGUGAGCAAAUUUGUGAAAUUGAGAGUAACUACAGGAAAAAUAUAUUGAAUAUUUCUCCAACUGGAAACCCAAACCUAAUGUUAGUGUCAUUUAUGUAUAUUUAUCAGUUUCACUAUAAACAUGCGAUACUUAAAACCAAGAAAAGAUCCUUUUUUUAGUAAGAAGGUAAUUUUUAAUUAUUGUAGAUAUUUAACUACUUAUAGUUAGAUCCAUUUUUUUAAGGGUCUAGAUAAAAUGUUUUUCAUUUUCAUCAGCAAGAAAACCACAUUUUAUGAAAAAAGGCUUGUAAUAAGUUAAAGGAUAAGAGCUAUCAAGUCAGCUUUUUGUUAUAAGAAGCUUGUAUUUAUUCUUGAAUUUAAAGUAAAAGUAAUAAAGGAGGAUUAAUUAACCCUACUCUCUUUCCAUUUUAGGACGUUUAUAAUGGUUUAUAGAAAAUCUUGGCUAAUAUAUUAAAAUCUGACCAUCUAUAUCAGCUGCUCUUCCUGGUAGGGAAGAUUUGUACCACUGUUAAAUUAGAACAGAAGGCCACUCAACAUCCCUCACAGGCGUUUUAAAAGAAUCAUAACCAAAUAUCUGUAUUAUUCGUUUAUCCUUUUGAGCUAGUCAUGCCAAGACUCCUCUUAGUUCAAUAUGAUGCUAUGCCUUUCGUUUGGCCUGCUAACAGAUAUAGUUUGCAUUUAAACUGAAGGCUGAAAGCCACCGCAGCUUCUUUUAGUCUCCCAGCAACAAGCACAAAUGAGUCCAGGUGCAAUUUGGAGUGGUUUCCACCCUUCUAGGGCUGGUCAUUUCAGCAAUACCUUUUGCAGUUUGCUAGGGGCCUAAACUUACCUCUGUAUUUAUCAACAUGGUGGGUACAGAUUGGUUGUAGCCGGUGCUUCAGCGAGAAAAUAACUCAAUAACAACUGGCUGCAACUAUGAUGCUGAUGGUUUAACCUUUCUAGUUCUUAUUCAUCUACCAUUUGGUGAGAAUUUACUUGCUGACCAACCUAAUGGGGAGCACAACAUGCCCAUAAGACCUAACCUACUCGUCCCUGCAACAGGUUUCAACUUUGCCAUUGCUUUUUUGGUGCAACUUUAGUCAUUGCUGAACAGGAGCUAAGAGAUAAAGAUACAAUGAGUGAAAAGUAAACUGCCUUAAUAAAUCUUCUACAUUCUGGGGCCUGUCUCUGUUAUGGAUUAGACUGCUCAGUUAUUAAACAUUUUUAUUUUUUUACACUGAGAUUGUCUGCUCUGUUGUAAAUUUUAUUUGUGAGGGAUGAUGUUGUAACGGCUGUAAAGAAAGGGUUAGUUUGUCUUUAUUCCUCCAGUAUUUUAUUUUAAAGAACAUACUUGUUGUGUCUUCAACAUUAACCCUAUAAUAACACAAUUAUGAUCUAAUCAGCUCAAUGAUUGCAAACUGUUAGCACUGACACCUUUUUUUUUCCAUCUGAUGUCAGCCAUUGCACAAGACAGGAGCUAGAUCUGUUUCCUAAUGUUGUGCCUGAAGUCUGUAUAUGCAAGAUGUUGCCCUUUUAUUGCAAUACCUUAGUCAAUUCCUCCAAAUAAUGCAUAAAUGUUCAAUGCAGAGAACCAUCUUAAAAAGGAAAUUUCUUUGUGGUUUGAUAAGUUUAAAGCUGCUUUUUAUGUAGAAAAGUGGCUCAUGAUUAUUAUGUAAAGGCACUUCAGGGAGAAAUCUUAGAACUUGAAAAUGUCGUGUCGGACUUUACAUCAUCACUUUGAAGAGAGACAAUGACGGAAAUAAAUUAAAAGUUAGGAAUGAAAAACACCUGUUAUUUUCAGUGAGAGGAAGUGCUUUGUUUGUGUGUAACACUGAACUUGAAAACUGAAUGGAAACUGCUUUCAUCCAAAUUCAGAUGUGCCUCGUUCAAGUCUCCUUAAACCAUCACUGGCAAAACACUGUAAGAACGAAUCAACGCUUAAAGAUUCCUCUCCCAUUUAGUAUGUUGUUACUGUUACAAGAAACCACAUCUAGUUUUUCAGAGACAGCUGUGCUGUCUUAUCGUCAGUGUAAGAAGUAAAUGAACCAGUGAUUAGUAGGUAAAAUUGGUUGUUUUUAAAUGCUGCAGAUGUUUCGGCAUUUUCAACUGAACAUUAUUCAUUUAAGAUCAUGUUGAUGUGUUGUGAAUGUACCUAAUGCAAAAAUUAUACAUGUGCCCCCCUUAAAGAAAGGCAUGCUGACAUGUUACUAUCACCAUAUAUAAACUAUUUCAGAGGUACCAUGAUGAUACUGUGUUAAGAUGUAUAAACUGUAUGUAUUGUUAUAUAGAUUUAUAUUUAAUGUCAUUACAUGGUGUGGCUACAAAAAAUAUUUUUCAACAUUUAAUUCUAAAGAUCUAAACAGGUAAUGUAUCAGUAAGAAUUUUUUUUUUAAAUGUUUCCAUCAAUCAACUCACAUAUGUCUCCCUUUGGACUUUGCUUUGCAAUUCAGCGUUCAAGCUCAGUUUUACACGAUGGGCUGCAAAAAUACUAAGAAGCGUGUGUUUACACACAGUUUAACAUCUGAUCUGGACUUUUAUUAGAAACAGAAACAGGCUGACAUACAAGGAUGGGGGGCAUUUGAGUUUAGUAUGAAUGUAGGCACAGUGUUUUUAGCGCACAGCUUGUAAAACUGAGCCUGAUGGCACAGAAAAUUUAAAUCAACUAGAACUAGAUUUAAUGUCAAAGCUCUGUGAAACUGAAGUUGUGGAUAUUGGAAAAAAAAAAUGAAAAAACCUGCAUUUGUAAAAAAAAUUCUGUUGAGAUCCAAAACUUUUUCUUAAGCACGUUUUCUUUGGUUGAUCCCAUGUUUCACGUCACAUGUUCUUUUUCUGCCUGUAUGAAGUGUAACAACAUGCACUAAAUACUCAUCUAUAUAUUAAUUGGACAAUGGGAAAGUCAGCAUGGCACCUUUUUAUUUUUUUUUUUUUAGGACUGAACGUGGAUUUGAACCAAUAAAUAAACUUCAGUGUCCUAAGAUGAAACACUGAGGUUCCCUCAACUUUCAGUAAAUCUAUUGGUAUGUGUUUCUUAAACUAAAAUUCCUAUUUACUCGAGAGAAACUCAAUUUAACUGUCCAUCUGAACUGUGCAUCCUUAGCACCACUAUGGGGAUAUCUUUUUUUUUUUGUAUUUGAGGAAUACAACCCAGCUAUUUAAAAGCAAUAACACUAUCAAAAAAAUAUCAAAUCUGAUCUUUUGGUUUCAGCCCCAUUUGAACUUCACAAAAACUUACCUGUAUCUAGAUUAUCUGAAACUUUACAGCAUCUCCAGCAAUUACUGGCAUCAAUGGUAAAGAGUUUUUUGUUGUUGUUUUUUUUUCUGGUUUAAAAAUUAACCUUUAAGUUUGAGUUUAAUUUACAGAAUCCCAUAUAUUUUUACCUGUAAGGUUUGCAAAUGACCAAAAUGCAGGGUAAAAUACCCAUGAGACCCCAUUAUAAAAGUUUAUCUUCAAAAUAGAGUUGAUUUUGGGUUGAUGUCCACUUUAAUUAGCCCAAAUUGUGGAAAAUUGAAAACAAUUGAACAAAGACAAAUUGAUGUUUCCACUAUUGAUGCAGAGAAGGAAAACAAAACAAAAAAUCUCUUUGAAAACGAGUGAAUAUCAGGAUAUAGUGGCCAUCAGGUCUUGAUAACAGAGAUUUAUUUCAAGGAUUUUGUGCCAAUAUUUGAGGCUGAUGCUGUAGGUCUUUACUAUUAAUCAAACCAUAAGGUCUUUAGAGGCCUGUUAGCUCUACAUGAGCUGCAUAUAUGUUAACCUCAAAGAUCAUCCUGAAGUCCACAACAGUCAGUUUGUUUAAAUUCAACAGCUGUGCAAAACUGAAGAAAAUAGCCGCCAUUCUAGCUGCUCCCUUUCUCAGGCUACUUCCACCAACUUUUCUCAGUUAUUUAAUUUUCCUGACGGUCCAUCAUGAAUUCCAAAACAUUAAAUUAAAACUGCUUAAUUUUUUCAGCCACAUUAUGAAGUUGUGACACAUUUAAAAAAAAAUGCCAUGCCUAGUAAUUCUU